CUCUACAGGGCUGUCUGGAGCGAAUGAAAACAAAUUAUUUACCGGCGAGGCGGUUUAGAUUGAGUUCGUGGUGUUGCUCGAGCAUGUCUGAAGAACGGACUGAUUCGAUUUCAGUCAUUCUGCAGGCUGGUUUACGAUUCAGGUGUUCAAAAAGCAAAAACUUCCGACGAUUUUGCUGUAUAUAUUGGCCUCCUCUGUUCCUUUUCUUUUCUUUGUUGUGUCAUAAUUGCUUUUCUUUCUUCUCUUUCUUUGUUUGUUUCCUUUGUCCUUCCUAAUACAUAUCCAAAGUCUUCUGGAAAGACUUCCCAGACACAUUCUUUAUUCAUCCUAAUUGCUUUGACUAUCCUUUAUUCAUUCUCUUGAAAUUUAAGACAGUCAUUUUUUUCCCCUUUACGCUUCUUGCUGCCAUACUUUAUCAUGAAUUCUGAAGUCACUCUGUCCGGUUCAUACCAAGCGUCUUGCACGGCUGAUCAAAAAGAAUCGACCUAUCUGCAGAGAACUCGUCCUUUGGGCUGGCUCCGAAUAGGACUCGCAUUCAUCAUAUUUGGAGCAGCCAUUGCAGUCGUAGGCUGCGAGGCUGUGCCUCUGCAACAUUACCAGAGCACAUUUGCGUAUACCAAAGUCUGGUUAUACCUAUGGCCACUGAACUUUGACUUACGGCCGACCAAGGCGAUCCUGUCUUGUGGUGGAAUAAUUGCGUUCCAGAAUCUGGUUUAUAUCGUUGCUGCGCUUCUCCCCACGCCUCGCUCGCGCAUCCGAUUCCUUAACCUUCUCGCCGGAGCAACAGCCGUAUCUGGAUUUAUCACAUCUUUGGUCGGUGUUUUAUUCACAAUUUACCUCCCAUCAUCGACAUAUCCCAGUGGAUUCAAUGAAAACGAGACCCUCCAUUCGUGGACCUGCAAGUGGAAGUCGAUCCGCAAUCCCUCCUCUUCGGACGCCCAAGCGCCCAUCCACUUCGAACGGGAUUGCACUGAGACACAGGCUGCAUUCGUGCUACUGGGUAUUCUGAUCGGGUUGGAAAUCAUUAUGGGCUUUGUGGCUGCGGCGGGACUCUGGCUAGAGCGCAGUUUGAUCAGACACCGAAGGACAGGUGUGUUUGAUCUCGAGACGGUCAAGGUUGCUGCGAAAAAUUCUGGAUUUUAAUGGCUUAAACUAUGUUAUGGAUAAGGAUAUGUCUUUGCGAUGUAAUUUUGAGAUUGCGGGCCAGUCUCGGAUAGGAUGCUGAAAUGAUGUCACUGUAUUGUUUUAUUCUUGUCUCGAACUC